UACCAACAUGUUUGUCUACCUUAGCCGUUAGCCUAGCUUGCGAACAAAAUGAUGUGAAGAUAACACUUAAAGGGUAGGGGAACCAAUGUUUCUAGGCAGGCGAACAGUCGGAAUGGUAUUUAUCAAACACAGGAAAUGUAGUGGAGGUCGCUGCCACUAUUACACGAACCGAGAGUCAUACAUUGCCGACUUGGGGUUAGUAGUUGGCUGAACGGUGCCGUUUACAGAGAAACGGUGUACAUUGGAAGCGACCAUGGUCACAAACUUGCGAUAUGUAUAAAGACAAAGAAUCGGGAUAUUUAUUGUUUGACAUCAUCGGAAGAAAACACCAGCUUUCAUUAGAUUGCCCAGCUUGGCUCAUAUCAAAACUAUCUGGACUGUUUGACUGAUCUGCAAAUGAGUUUGCAAUUUGCCUGUGCUCCUAUAAAGUGUUAUAACAGCUAUAUAGAGUCUGAUUCCACUUGAAGAGUGCAGAUAUCAGCAACAUGCCCCUGUCAGACUUCCUGGACAGCCUGAAGGACAACCCAUACUUUGGGGCCGGCUUUGGACUGGUUGGGGUCGGGACAGCGUUGGCGGUGGCCAGGAAAGGCGCCCAGGUGGGGAUGAUCUUCUUCCGCAGGCACUACAUGAUCACUCUGGAGGUCCCCAGCAGGGACAAGAGCUACCACUGGCUCCUGAGCUGGAUCACCAAGCACGCCAGGCACACUCAGCACCUGAGCGUGGAGACCUCCUACCUGGCACAUGAGAGUGGACGGGUGCACACGCAGUUUGACUUCCACCCAAGCCCUGGGAACCACAUCAUCUGGUAUGGGAGGAAGUGGAUCAGGGUGGAGAGGACCAGAGAGAAGCAGAUGGUGGAUCUGCACACUGGAACCCCAUGGGAGUCCGUCACUUUCACUGCUCUAGGCAGAGACAGACAAAUCUUCUUUAAUAUCUUACAAGAAGCAAGAGAAUUGGCCCUGAAGCAGGAGGAGGGCCGGACUGUAAUGUACACAGCCAUGGGUGCUGAGUGGAGGCCCUUUGGAUUUCCACGGCGACGCAGACCCCUCAGCUCUGUGGUUCUGGAGGCAUGUGUGGCUGAAAGGAUUGUCGAAGAUGUGAAGGACUUCAUUGGAAACCCCAAGUGGUACACAGACAGAGGUAUCCCUUACAGAAGAGGAUAUCUGCUAUAUGGACCCCCAGGCUGUGGAAAAAGUAGUUUUAUCACGGCACUGGCAGGCGAGCUGGGCUACAGCAUCUGUCUGAUGAGUCUGAGUGACCGAACCCUUUCAGAUGACCGUCUGAACCACCUCCUGAGUGUGGCACCGCAGCAAAGCAUCAUACUGUUGGAGGAUGUAGAUGCAGCCUUUGUCAGCCGGGAGCUGCUUCCCACAGAGAACCCUCUGGCCUACCAGGGAAUGGGAAGACUGACCUUUAGUGGCCUGCUUAACUCUCUGGAUGGAGUGGCUUCAUCUGAGGCUAGGAUAGUUUUUAUGACCACCAACUUCAUUGAAAGGUUAGACGCGGCACUGAUCCGUCCUGGCCGUGUGGAUCUGAAGCAGUACAUUGGCCACUGCACACACUGGCAGCUCACCCAUAUGUUCCGGCGGUUCUACCCAGACGAGCCUGCUUCUGAAGCAGAGCGGUUUGCUGAGCGUGCGUUAGCCACCCACUCUGAUAUCAGUGCUGCUCAGGUGCAAGGACACUUUCUGCUGCACAAAAUGGACCCUGCAGGAUCUAUAGACAAUGUUGCCCAAAUAAAAGGAUGAUACGACUUGAAGGUGUUCGGAGACUGACUGCUGAAUAAAGAGAAAUA